AGCCAUAUUUACGACAAGUAUGGUGGCACCUAAACCUGUGAUCAUUAAACUUACCCACCGUGAUUCGAUCCAUUCUCCGUUUUACAAUCCGAAAGAGAAUAUCAUACAGAGAAUGGAGCAUGAAAUCAAAACUUCAGGAGAUCCCUUCCAAGCUCUACCACCAGCAAAUGAUAGUGUCCAAUUUCAAAUUUUUCCUAGUGAUGACAAGUUGUUCUUAGCAAAUUUUUCCAUCGGCCAGCCGCCUAUUGUACAAUUUGCAGUGAUGGACAGUGCCAGUGGCCUCCUAUGGAUUCGCUGCUUCCCUUGCAGCGAAUGUUCUCCGCAGAAUGUAUACCCGGCGUAUGACCGUACCAAGUCCUCCACCUAUGCUAACUUGUCGUGCAACUCAGAUUACUGUAAGCUGAGCCCAUACAGGUGGUGCAAUGAAGACAACAGUUGUGGCUACAAGCAGGGUUAUGCUAGUGGUUACUCAAUUGGAAUCCUUGCCACAGAACAAAUGAUGUUCUUAACAUCUGAUGAAGGCAUAGUCUUCGUUCCUAAUGUGGUAUUCGGGUGCAAUCUCAAAAGUGGUGGCAGGUUGUUCGAUGAUCAACGCGCAACUGGUGUAAAUGCUCAACAAAACUACAAUUUAGCUUAUGAUAUUCCUGGAAAGAUGCUAUAUUUCCAGAGAAUUGAUUGUGAAGUCCUAGAUUCCUAGAUUCCUAGAAGGAAAUAAAAAAACAAUAACACUAGCAUAUAGUAAGAUACUACCAUAACUUGUAUACAUUAUUAAUUGUAAGCUACAAAUGCUAACAUAUUAUUCUUAAUUAAACUCACUCUUGUUUUUGUUAUUAAUUCUCAUUGAUUUUAUAAAGGGAUUCAUGUAAU